AUGUCAAAAGAAGAUAAAGAUAAUGAGAUGAAAACGAAAGAACAAGAAGAAGCAGAUAUUCAUUCCUUCAUGAGAAAGGCCGCCCGGAUCAUGGUUCUACUCAUCAUUGGGAUCUUUGCUAGCUGCUAUUAUAUAUUUGUGGUGGAGCUGUGCAUAUUCACCGUACAGUUAUUAGAGGCAAAGGUGACUUUCCUGGUGAUUUUCCACAUGUUGUUCCUCCUGUGCGUGUGCUGUUAUCUACGGACUGUGAUGACGCCUCCUGCUGUACCUCCUGCAAAAUUCCGCCUAUGGGAGUCUGACAUUCAGCUGUACCAGAGCGAUGAGAGGCCAGAAGUGCUGCAGAAGAUCCUCAUUCAUAAGGCUAAAGACUUGACUGUAUAUUGUACUGUCAAUUCCCAAACAUCAGUGAGGUACUGUAAGACAUGCAAACUGCUAAAGCCAAACAGAUGCUACCAUUGCCCAGUGUGUAACAUCUGUAUCCUGAAACUGGAUCAUCACUGCGUAUUUCUAAACAACUGUGUGGGAUUAUCCAACUACAAGUUCUUCCUCCUGUUCCUGCUGUAUGCAGUGCUAUUGUGCAUAUUCACUAGUGCAGUGUCGCUUUAUUGCUCCAUUCUACUCUGGACUCAUCAGCUGCCCAACAGCCAAUCCAAAAUCCCUAUCAUUGUGCUGUUCAUCUUAUGUACACUGUUCUCUAUAGCCCUAUUCCAAUUGUUCCGCUACCAUUUCAACCUGGCUGUAAGGAAUAUAAGUGAGAGAGAGUAUCAUGGUGACACAGAGGAGUAG